AUGGCAUCAUUGAGAUCAGAUCGUAAUUUGGCCGAUGCCAAGAAACGUGAGUGGAUCCGACAAAAUGAUCCCGAACUCCGUCAUCUUCAAAAUAAGAUUGACCGAGCGUACAUUAGCCAAGAUCUUCGCCGUCAACUAGUGGAACGGCAAAAGUCCCAAGAAGUUCGAGAGAGGCAACAUUUACAAGAAAUUCAAGAACAAAGGGCUUUGAUUGAAGAAGAUCUCGCGUUCUGUCAACAACAGGAUCAGCUAAGACAUGUCAAACGAUAUCAGUAUGGCCAAGAUUUGGAGCGACAAUUAGUAGAACAGGAGAGGAACCGGAAAUCAGCGGCCAACCAUCAGUCUGAGUUUGAUAAAAAUAUCAUCGAGGAGGUUGUGGCUCAGGUUCAAGAAGUAGAAAGAAAACGUAUUCAAGCCAAGAUCGACGAACAAACACGAGUCAAGGAAGACAUUGACAAGCACCUCACCCAAAGAGAUCAAUGGCGACAAGAUGAGCUUCGGAAAGAUGCUCUGGAGGAGCAGAAGGUGUGCCUUUAUCUGAAAGAAAAGGCUGUCUGGGUUCAACAGCAAGAGAAACUCUUCCAAGAACGACGCAAACGAAGAGAUCACCACAUCGGUUUGUUGGCCCAAAAACUGCAAAGCACCAACAAUUGGAAGGAAUGGCAACAUGACGUAUUCUGGCAAUAUCAGCAUUUACAAAAAGAUUCACAAGAGCGAAGAGACGAACAUCUGCGUCAAUUGGCUCAAAGGCAGAAAAAGUCUCAAAUUCAAGAACUCCUUAAGCAAGAUUAUGAAGCAAAGCAACACGAAUUAGCUCGACAAAAGACUCGAGCUCGUUUGGAGGAUCAGGUCUGGCAAAAAUGGAUGGAUCAGAUGAAACGAGAGCAAGAUCAAGCGGAAAUGGACCGAUGGUCGCAACAAAGGCGCUCGUGGCGGAAUGAUUGGGAACACACGAAACAAUUAGCUCAGGCCAAAAGUGAACAAGAGAGGCGUGCCAAUCAAGAAGCAAGACACAUAGAGAAAAAUGAAAUUGCAAAACGGACCCAGAUUUGGCGAGAGGAACGUCUCAAAAUUAUUAGAGAACAUUAUCACAAGCUGGGCGAGAGCUUUCCAACAAGUGUUCUGCGACCGGAAGAUAUUGACCUUAUAGCCACUAAUCUCCCUUGA